AGCACCAGUGCGCGAAUCCCAUUACAUCAUUUUGUCUGGAGCUGAUUUGCUGAAGGUCAGAGCUUUCUAUACAGCACGGUUUUCCAUCCAUCCAGUUAAUUAAGUAAUCUUCCCUCGUUUAACAGAUCCCUAGCAGCGCUGCUCAAACCCUAAUAAUACAAAGCAUCAGGAUGGCUGAGAGCGAGGCAGGAACCCCGAGCACCCCAGGAGAGUUUGAGAGCAAAUACUUUGAAUACAAUGGAGUGAGGCUCCCUCCCUUUUGCAGGGGGAAGAUGGAGGAGAUUGCUAACUUCUCUCUCAGGAGUAGUGACAUAUGGAUUGUCACGUACCCCAAAUCAGGUACAAGUCUGCUGCAGGAGGUGGUGUAUCUGGUGAGUCAGGGCGCGGACCCAGAUGAGAUUGGACUGAUGAACAUCGAUGAGCAGCUUCCUGUUCUGGAGUACCCUCAGCCUGGACUUGACAUCAUCCAGGAGUUGACAUCCCCUCGUCUAAUUAAAAGUCAUCUGCCAUAUCGGUUCCUCCCCACAGCCUUGCACAAUGGAGAGUCCAAGAUGAUAUACAUGGCGAGGAAUCCCAAAGAUCUUGUGGUGUCUUACUACCAAUUUCAUCGUUCCUUGCGGACCAUGAGUUACAGAGGAACAUUUCAGGAGUUCUGCCGGAGGUUUAUGAAUGACAAAUUGGGCUAUGGUUCCUGGUUUGAGCAUGUCCAAGAAUUCUGGGAGCACCACAUGGAUUCCAAUGUCCUUUUCUUGAAAUAUGAAGAUAUGUACAAGGACCUUGCGACUCUGGUAGAGCAGCUGGCGAGGUUCCUGGGAGUUUCCUGUGACAAGGCCCAGCUCGAGACCAUGGUAGAGAGCUGCCACCAGCUUAUUGAACAAUGCAGCAAUUCCGAGGCUCUCUCCAUCUGCAGGGGACGAGUUGGCCUUUGGAAAGAUGUCUUCACUGUAUCGAUGAAUGAGAAGUUUGACACAGUUUACAAACAGAAGAUGGGGAAGUCAGACCUCAACUUUGAAUUCAGCUUGUAAAGAGGCCACUUUGCAUGCACUUCCUGUUCUCUCAAUCCCACAUGUAAAGCUUUCAAACGUGCUCUACAAAGCUGCUGGAUCAACUGGCUAUUCCAUGCGUAAUACAACAGCACCCAGAUAGGAAAUAGGAACUUCUGCAUCUUCACUUGCUGUUUUAUCUUUCUGUAACCUUUCAUCUUUCUAUUAUAUACAUACAUGAUUAUUAUUAUUAUUAUUUAUUUCUUAGCAGAUGCCCUUAUCCAGGGCGACUUACAAUUGUUACAAGAUAUCACAUUAUACAUUAUUUCACAUUAUAAAGAUAUCACAGCAUUUUUACAUACAAUUACCCAUUUAUACAGUUGGGUUUUUACUGGAGCAAUCUAGGUAAAGUACCUUGCUCAAGGGUACAACAGCAGUGUCCCCCACUGGGGAUUGAACCCACAACCCUCCGGUCAAGAGUCCAGAGCCCUAACCACUACUCCACACUGCACAUGAUAAACUAUAAUCACAAAGCCUUGUGUAAAUCAAUGACACUGCCCUGAAUAAAAUUCCCUGCAGGUAACUUAAGUGGUGUACUUGGUAUCCACCUGUAAAAGGUAAACCAGAACCAAAAAAAGACAAUAACUUAGUCAUGCCAGAAGAAUCUCAGGGUUCAGCUGUUGCAGUAAAAGUCAGACCUCCCAGGUUCAAAUCGUAUGACAAUCUCAAUCCCCAAUACUAUUAGAACCCGUACCAAUGUCUGUUUCAUCUUAAAAGGAGUGAUAACCCAGGCUUUUAAAAUGCAUUUUCUUACAUCUUAUCAAAAUUGGCAACUCUAUAUCUCUGUUCCCCUGUUGUUGUGUCAGAGAUAUAUUGGUCCUUUGGAAGUUUGUCUUUUAACUUUUAUUUAGGAUGUUCAAUGCCACACUAUAGAUCUAGAAAUGUUAGGCUGCUGUUACCUGGUAAUGCUUUUUGUCAACAGACUUUGAUGAUGUACCAGAAUGAGGCUGGGAACAUGGGAGUGGGAGGAAGAUGCAAGGCAUGGAGAUAGAUUGAUGCACAGGAAGUAAUACUGUACCAGGAAGCAGCAAUUUAGACUUUCCAAUUGUAUAGUGUUGUGCUUGAAAAAUCAGUAAAUUCUCAAUUAAAGUGAAAAAAUGAAACCAAAGAAUAACACAAAGAACUUCAGUGCAACAAACAAACCACUGAUAAUGUUGCUAAAAACGUGACUCAGAGUCCUUUAAAGCAACUUAAUUGCUUUUGAAGCUGUCCAUUAUUCUUGGACACUGGCAUGUAGGACUGCAGUAGGGUUUGCAUCCCUCGCCAGGCAGUCAACAGAUGCACAUCCUCAGCUGGCACUUCUCUGAAUGUCUGGGGAAAAGAUCAAGAUGAUGCACAAAAAUACUGUCUCAAAUGUUUCAUUUUUGAGUUUCAUUCGUGUACCUAAAAAAUGAAUUGAAAAAAAAAAUCCAGAAGGGUUUAAGUCACAAUAGUCUCUAUAAUCUGAGUUCUGGUGCCAUGUUUUAUUACCAGCAUUACCAAAAUAACAAAACCAACACACAGGUUUAAACCUGUGUAGAUAAAAAAACAAAAAAAACAAAAUAAAACCUGCAGAUGCAAUCCAUUCCACUCCUACAUUAAACAUUGGCUCAGCCUGGCCUGGAAGUCCACCCUGCCACCAUUACUGCACAGUUACACACUUUUGAAUGUUUUUAGUGUUGUGUGGAUGUUUAAAGCUAAUGUAUAUGUACAUAUUGUAAGUGGCAGUUCAAAUAGCAUGGCUCGGCUUAAUAGCGUGACUUUCUCUGCUAUGCAGUCUAUUUUACUGGCUAUCUUGUUUAGGUAAUAUUUUUAUAUUCUUUGGUUAAUGUAUAAAUGCUAAGCAACUGUAAUUUCCAUGCUUGCUUCCUAAUUUAGUAAUAAAGAUAUGUGUCUGAUCUGUA